AUGGAGGAUGCAUUGUGGUCAGAUUGUAUUCCAUUAGAUAUACUCGGUUUAAUAUCAUCACGUUUGGUUGCUGCAGAAUAUUUUAUUUUUCGUGCCGUUUGUAAACGAUGGCGCGACGCACCUUUGACACCUCCACAUCGUCCUGCCCAAUCAGAAAAAUCGCCUUGUUUGAUCACAUUGCGUGGAGAUUCCGGAAUUAUUGAAUUCUUUCAUCCUGUGUACAAUGUCAUGACGACUACUUCUAUCCCAAACCCAAAAUUAAUGGAUUCCCGAAUUCGUAGUUCAAAAGGUAAUUGGUUACUCAUAAGUAAUGGUAGCCGUGGCAUGUUCUUUUUCAAUCCUGUUAGCAAUGACAUAAUUGAGCUUCCUGAUCUACCGGAUGAAAAUAUUUGCCCUUCUUGGACAUUUUCGUGUCCUCCAGACCCAUUGUCUGCUUGUUUUGUUGUUGGUAUUGAUUACGUUGGUAAUCCCCCAGACGUAUACAUCAUCAAAGUUGGAGAGACUAAUUGGACGUAUCAUAACUUAGACGAUCCAGCAGAUAGAUAUAAAUGUUUUUGUUUAUCGGCAUGCAGUAGUCCAAUAUUUUUCAAAAAUAAUAUUGUCUAUGUAUUGGGAGAUAAAGGAACUUUGGGAAUACUGACCAUCAACGAAAACUCAAUUCCUAGUUGGAAAUUUUAUGGGAAACCCUUUCCGCGUAGAAAGAGAAAGUCAAUACAAUAUGUUUACACGACAGAAGAUGUCGACAACGAAGGAAUGUUAGCUGUAUUUCUAUCUCACCAUGAAGGGAAAGUAGAGGUUUGGAGAUACAAAAUGAACGGAGAAGUGUUGGAGAGGGAAAAAAUAACAAAUGGGUCUAUUGAGCGGUGCAAAGCUCGUUUGGUAGCACAAGGUUUUCAUCAGGAGCCUGGCAUUGAUUAUCAUGAGACGUUUAGCCUUGUUGUUCGUGCCACUACUGUGAGACUUGUUCUUUCUCUUGUUGUCUCAUUGCUUCGCCAAUUGGACGUCAAAAAUGCAUUUUUGCAUAGCGUCCUUAAUAAGGAAGUCUUCAUGAAAUAA